CCUGCGACGUCUCGGGUAGAUGGGUACCCCCGGCGUUACGAAUCUCGAGCGCCGAAUUAAAUAAACAGAGAUAUGACUUCCCUCUCUUUAACCUUCCCGCUGCUCCACGCUGAGUUAGGUUAGGUUUCAAGACCGCACGAGAUCGGAACGUCGAAGAAAUUGGACUUUUUUAAGGAUGACACGGGGCGAUUAGAGGCUGACAGAUGUAAUUUAGGAAGGAGGAAGGAGCAUGAUCGCGGAAGCGUGCUCGGUAGGUGUUUACGUGAAUGCUGUCUUGUCAGUCUGACGAUUUGGAAUGAUGAGUAAUCUCAUAGACGCGCAUUGGUUUCCCCUGGCAUCACAGGGGAACAUUUAUUCGAUGACCAAACUGUGCUCGCCUAAUAGUUCCAACAAGUUACUGGUGGCAUCGUUGAAAAGAAAAAUCUAUUCCUGCGAGUAUCAUCAAAUGUCGGAAUUCCUGAGGCCUAUGGUGAAGGAACUAUUGUUUACGUAUAUUCCUAGUGGUGCAGAAAUCAUCUCCAUCGAUGCUUACAACAAGUCCGACACUGGAGACAGUUUUGUGAUAGGAAUAACUAUCAUGAAAACGAGCACAGACACAAUUGAGAGGUAUCUGAACAUAUACACGGAGGGUGCGGUGGAUGGUGAGGGGGAUGAGGGCAGCUCAAUCGAGGCUAUAGCUCAGAAUUGUCUCAUGGUAGAGCUGUCGUAUACCCCCUACCACUUGUAUCACACUAUCUUACCGCAACAAAAUUCUAUGCAUGAGGUGGUUUGGCUGAUAUCUGGAAGCGACUGCAAGAUUCACAUGAUAAGAGAAGACAAAUUGAGCCACGUUUACAGCGAGUCCUCCAUCGAGAAACAUUUUCCGGAACUGCAUGACAUCCAAGCAAUCGCAUUAUGGAUCAACAUUUAUUAUUACGACAAUUACAAGCGAAGAGUCACCGCCGUCGGCUGCGAAUGCGGUCUAGUCAAAGUUGCCAUAGUAAACGUGGAGGACUUAGAAAUUUCUCGGAGCUGGCUGCUGAGAUACGACAAACCUGUACCUAGCGUGGUGGUCUUUCCACAAGAAAACACUUUUAGUAAACCAGCGUUCGUGAACAUCAGUUCAGAGAACUUUAUUGAGAAAGAAUCAACGGAUAACGUCCCAAAAUUAAAUGUCGUUAUUUCGAAUACGAGUAACGCUGUUGUCUUCGAGAACAUCUUGGAGAAUGGAUUGAAACAGGACAUAAUACUGAACGGCAGUGAAUCGUCCGAUUGUAUCCUGUGUUGCUGUAUAGCGGACAUAAACAUGGACGGUCAAAACGAGAUUCUGCUUGGCACUUACGGCCAGGAAGUUCUGAUCUUUGCGUUGGUAAAUGAUACAUGGGAACUAGCCACUAGAAAAUUAUUCGACGCCCCUGUGCAUUUUAUAAGCUACAUGGAUAUAACGAACGAUGGAAUAAAGGAAUUGAUUGUACUCACGCAACGAGGGGUACACAUAUUACAGCAUAAUGUAGCGGACAUACGGACAAAAUGGAAGAAGCGCUACAAAGAAUUAUUGAAUAUGUUAACUCAGGAAAACUUGUAACAUUUGCGAGAGACAGGAGAUAAUCUCUUUGUAUAUAUCUUAUAUUCUUGUUGUAUACUGUAUAUUAUAUAUUACACAUGAUUUAUAAUUUACUAGUAGGAAACUUGAAAGAUAGAAAAAUAUAGGAUAUAUUUAAUUUACAUUUUAAAUUUAUAAGGGGGGAAAAUUAUGUUUAGAAAAUUAUGUACACUAAAACAAGUAUUUUGUUCAAUAUAUUUUGUUAAAUAUAUUCUCAAAUUUUAUAUUUUU